AUAUAUCAUUUUUACAUCACUUAUAAUUUUUUUUUUUUUGCAAUUUUCCAGCCCAAAUGUCUCUGCUCCAACUGUUGCGGCAACAAAUAAUGAGGAAUUUCCUGGUAUAAAUCUAAAGGCCACUAGCCCAGGAUCUCUAAAAGAAAACUCUGAAAAACAUGAGAAGGAAAGCAUGGAAUUAGAAGAGGAAAUAAGCAGAAUCCGCAGCCGAAGGAGCAAAAGAAGGGCUGUGCGAUUAGCAAAAGUCAAGGAGCACUUUGCUAAGAGAGGAGAAGAAAAACAAGGGACCAAGACCAAAGAGAGUGAAGUUACAGCAGAGACUAGCAUGCAGGAACAUGCAUCAGAGCUGGAGAAGACAUCAUGUAGUCCACAAUCAACACAAACUGCUCGACCACCAACAUGCAACCAAAUAUCACCCUCAGAUGAGUCCUUAAAAUUUGCAGAGUAUAGUGGAUAUUCCGCUGACGUUUACAGCCAAGCUCUUACACAACAUGAAGAAGCCAUGAUCAACACCAAGACUAAUUUAUCCACAGCACACACACAUUUACCCCUAGAAGACUGUGGUGAAUCAAUUGCAUGCUCUGCUUCUGAGGCCUUGGAAGACAGCCAAAUUACUGAGGACCUUACUGACCAAAAGGUUUCAAUCAAACAGUCUUUUCCUGUAUGCCAAAAUCCUGACUUGUCUAUUUGCAAGAAUGUUGAAAGAGCAUGGGAGUACUUUGAGAAGGACACUAAGCAAAGAAUUAAAAGUUUGGCAUUGAGCUCCACGAUGGAUGAGGACACGAAUAUUAGCGACGGAAAACCAGAAGAGAAUGUGAGUUUGAAAACUACUAACUUUUUUCAGCCUCAGCCAUUUUCUCAUGGCUUCACAUUUGGGACCAUUGUAGCCCCGCUUUAUCAUCAGGUUUUUAAAAGCAUGGAAACAGAGAGAAAAGACUUAUUUCGGAAAACAUUACAAGUAGAUAAGCCAUUAAGGGAACUGGAGGAUGAGAGUUUAACAGCGGUCACGGCCGCUGAGACCACAGACAUUUGGCCAGAGUCUUGCAUUUCUACAAAACAGACCGUACAUGAUAUUAGUGUUGGCGUCUGCAAAGAAUCAGCAGAACAAAACUCACAACUUACAAUAAACCCAACCAAAAAUCCUCUUUCUGAGCCAAAUAAGUACACACCAGACAAUACAUUUACUGAAACAAAUCUUCCAAAAGUCACAUCCGAACAGCCAGAUCCUCCUCUAGGUAAAAUUGUACCAUUAUCUUCGGCUGAAUUUUCAUUCCAGGGUAAUCUUGGCCAAAGUCCAUGUUUAUUUCCCCUACAAGGAUCAGAACUUUUAGUCUCUACAAAUCAAACAAUAGAGUCCGGUAUUGACAACCUACCUAAACAGAUCCAUCCUUCAUCACCCACAUCAGUUUUUAAAACUUCAUUACCUGUGGACAAUCAGAUUUCUAGUAUUAAAAUCGAAAUGUCACAAAACCAGGGGAAUAUCCACACCAAUGAGGAGAAUAUAUUAGUGCGAACAAGGUAUUCAAACAGCCCCUCUUGCAUUCUUGCCCAAUCUCCAGAAGACCCCACAAUGCUCCCUACUUCAGGGAUCAUCUUGGGUUCCUCUGAUGAUAAAUCAGAGCCGGAUUGCUGUGAGAUGAGAUUGAACAUUGAAAAACCUGAAGAACUGUCUCACUUAGCAACAGCCAUGCUAACCGAACCAUAUGCAGAAUUGGGGAACACACAGAUAAAUAUGAGCAAUACUUUGGAGAGCUGUCAAAGGAAUGAAAAGAAGGAACAAAUGCUCAUAGGUUUUGCUUUACAGACUUCAGAGACAGAGAGCUCAAGCAUGAUUGAGUUUGAUGGAGAACAUAACACAUUAGUUAUUAAAGAAGAAAUUCACAAAAUGAAAAAUUAUGAAAGCCUGGAAGAGGGAACUGGAAAUCAAACAAAGCAGAUAGAGAAGCAGGAACAAGACAAAAAGGAGAAAGACCAAGAACCAAAAGAACAAGAAGGUGCAGGAGAAGGGGGAAUGAACAUUGAAGAUGAUUUGAAAUACAUAGAUGAUGAAGAGGACUUGGAUGCAAUGGAAACUGAGAGAGAAAAGAAACAACAAGCAGAUGCAGAUGAUUUGCUGUCUGUUGAAAGAGAUUCUGAGGAACAGAAGCAGAUUAUUAGUUCCAGGAAUGUUAAAUCAUUGCCACAACAUCACAUUGACUUACACGAAAUAGAAAAUCUAGGUGGAGUUGAGGACUCAGAAAAACAGGAUAGGCACUUCAACAGUGGAGUAGAGAUUUGUGAGGAAACUGCUGCAUCUUGGCAAGAAUCAUCUCAAACGAGUGAUACUGAACUCAGUGGAAGUAUGCAAGCUAUGGAGAAGGAUUGGGACCUCAUUGAAUUUAUUGAUAAAGAAGAGAGUAUGUGCCGUGGAAGUGAGAACAGUGACCGGGACACUACUGAUGAUGUGAACAAUAUGCUGGAAGACAUGGAUUGCCAGGCGAAAGACUCAAUGAACAGAGAUCUUGAAAAUGUUGACGACAACACCUCAACAGAAUCGCAGAUUGAUGACGAGAUGGAGCUGUACUUGAUCAGUCUGAGGAAUUCACAACAGUCAGUAUUCAGAGAAGGCACAAUGAGUGGAAGUUACGGCAAAAGACCUUCAAUGAGUAAAGGAAGGCCAUUAGCUAUGCCUUCAAUCUCGGAGUCUGUGGAUGAGGACCAGUCGAAUAGUUCCCUAGAAGAUUUAACAAAUAUUGAGUACAUUAUGGAGCUGGAAAGAGCUACGCAUGUCAUUCCCCGUAAUGUCUUGUGGUGGAAAGAGUUUCUGUCCUAUGAUAAUAUGAGAAGGGUGAUUGGAUACAUAUUUUUGUUGAUAGUGUUUUUGGUUGCUGCAUUUUAUUAUGACUUCAUCGCAUGUUUUGCCCUUUAUGUUCUUACAGUGUAUUGGCUGUUUCGACAAGGGGAGGAAGAGCCACUAAAAAAACACUCGGAAAAGUGAAAGAGGAUUGCAGUAAAUAUGAUUUACUCAUGAACAUUUUUGGAUAGUUUAGCAGAAGUGAAAGUGGAACUGAAUACAUGUUGUAAGAAUACAAUUGUUGUAUGAAAGCAUUGGAUUCCGUGGAGGUAUUUAUCGCACAUAUUUUCGUAAUGGCAAAAACAUGAUUUUAUAUGAUGGCAGACUAUUGUUGACAGUAUAUGAGUCCGGCUGCAUGGGUAAUAUUGCAAUAAGUUUGCAUACAAUAUCACAAUGCUGUUUACACAGAGCUGAUCAUACAGCAAGGGAUUAAAGAGGGUCAAUAUAUGUAGUCGUUGGAUUAUGUGCUAAUGGUGCCUGGUACAGUGAUGUUCAAAGGACCACUGGGUGAGUGAAAUGUUAAAAUUUGACAUAUUAUAGAAGAUUACUCUUGAAAAAGCAUUAUAUUGAAAUUGAAUUGUACGUGUAGCUUUA